AGGCGACAUAUCUGGUUGAAACGGCUCGGACCUUUCGGUACCAGUCGUCCACGGGUACCACAGAUCUCUUCAGAUUGCUGAUUAUUAGCUCUGCGACCAGCCAAGGUUUGGAUAAGAAGGCCGCUAGAAGGUGGCAGAAGCACGCCUUGGAGACGGAGGGGGAAAACCUUGUAAUAGUCAGCGCGAGAUCCGAUAUCGAAGACGGCCCCGACUCGUCCCACGACAACGACGGCAAGAGGAUCAUUGGAGAUCUGGGAUUCACACCCACAAGACUCGUCUCUAUCUUCCCUCUACUCCCAUCUGCGCGUAUCUCAACCCACCUCGCGACUUUGACCCCUCCACGCCAUUGGCACCCGCUAUCAUCAUCCAUCCACCAAUCCACCAUCCCCCAGGCAUCCAACUAGUCACCGCCGACCCGAUACAUCACGGCCUUCUACCCCUCCACUUCCCUACCCCAGGACUCUGGCCCUUUGCGCCGCAGAUCAGAUCAGACAGACACGACAUCUCCAGCCAUGCCACCGAACGGGCCACGCGAGCCGUAUGCCGGGCCCGAAGCAGGCCCCGAAGCGCCGUUUCCCAUCAAGCUGUGCGGGCCGGUGAUCAAGGGGUUUGGAAGGGGGAGUAAAGAGCUCGGCAUUCCCACAGCCAACAUCCCCACCGAAGGCCUGUCGACCGAGCACCCCACGCUCCCGAGCGGGAUCUACUACGGCUUCGUGGGCCUGUCCUUGAAAAGCUGCCCGUCCGCCGCCGCCGCCAGCACCCCGGCCUCGUCCUCGCCCUCCACCACGACGACAUCCUUGUCCUCCACCAACACCACCUCGUCAUCCUCAGCACCACCGGCCCCCCCACUGAUCUCGAUCCACCCGGCCGUCCUCUCCAUCGGCUUCAACCCCUUCUACAAGAACACGGUGCGCUCCGUCGAGAUCCACAUCCUGCACGAGUUCCCGCGCGACUUCUACGGCGCGGCCCUCAACCUGCUGAUCCUGGGCUACAUCCGGCCCGAGUACGACUACGUCAGCGUCGACGCCCUGGUCGAGGACAUCCGCGUCGACUGCGCCGUCGCGGCGCGCAGCCUCGAGCGCCCCGCCUACGCGCGCUUCCGCACCGGCGCGUGGGAGGCCUGGCUGACGGACUUUUCGUGGAUGGAGGGCGUCGAUGCCGCCGAGGUCGAGAGGGGGGUGUUGAAUCAGUAAAUUAAAUUUCCUCACCUACGGGGGUGGAGCUGGGAGCUGGGACCCGGCCCUGGGACCAAUACGUGCAUGUGCACUUACGGACGAUCGAAUGAGUGGACGAAUGCCUGCGACAAGGAAAAUGUGAAAGGGAUGCGCGAGGCUGGGAUUCAUGGAUGAUAGUGCCGUCAAUGGGGGAAGCGCAAGUCUAGAGAUUUCCCGAGCCAGAGACUGGAAAGUGGCCAACUCAGGCUCAGCUUGUUUCCUACGCGAAUAGAAACUGCUUCUGCUUCGCAAUCUUUCAAUUCAUAGACAAUGCCAGGCUCUCAAGACAGGGAACCUGGUCCUUGUAGACCCUGCAGAUUUUGCUGUCUCUCAGAUGAGGGCCAUC